AAGCUCCCUUUGAAGUAUGUAAACAUGAGAGGAAUUCAUUGUUUGGAGCAAACUUUGGGUGCCCUCUUCUGUUUACUAGGCCAAAGAAUGAAAACAGGUCCUCUUUCCCCUCCUUUUUCCCUUCCUGCCCCUCCCCCUAACAAAGUCCCAGUUGCCACUCAUUGGCUUACCACAUCUGUCAAUCUAACGUAGGCGUGUCCAUGUGCCAAACGCCAGUUCCAGUAAAAGCGCUCACAUGCUGCACAACGCGUAGAGUCAACAGGCGGCACGGAACAUAGACGCGCGCUUCCACCACCCUCUUUUUUUCUCCCUUUCUCGACUACUUUUUCAACACUUUGACAUUUUCAAGCGUUUUGGGGAUGUAAAGCUAAAAGUUGCCUUACUUUUUUAUGCGGCGCUCCCGCAGUUUGUUGACGUCCUUUUUUUUAAAGGCGAGGGAGGACUUUUAUAGUUAAGACUCCGUCCGGUUCUCCUGUCGACCACCAUGGCGGAAGCGGCCCAGCACCAGCCCCACUUGGUGGACAUCGACCCGGACUUCGAGCCGCUGGCCCGACCCCGCUCCUGCACUUGGCCGCUGCCCCGGCCGGAGUUCGUCGUCAACCCGGGCGACUCCAACACGUCGUCGCCGGUGCCGUCCGUUAAGCAGGAGCCCGCCGGCGGCGAGUUCAUCAGCAAUCUCAGCCUCUUGGAAGAGAACGAGGACUUGUGCGCCGAUUUUCAGUGUCAGGAGACGUGCGUCCACCAGCAGCCGCAGCAUCAUCAGCAGCAGCAUCACUCGAAUCCGCCGCUCCAGCAGCAGCAGCAGGUGGCCCUGCUCUCCACGCCGGCAACCGGCUCACCUUCCUCGGCUGCCGCAGCAGCAGCGGCCGCCGCCGCCCAGAGGAAGAGCAGCUCAUCCCGGAGGAACGCCUGGGGGAAUAUGUCGUACGCGGAUCUCAUCACCAAAGCCAUCGAGAGCUCUCCGGAGAGCAGACUCACCCUGUCGCAGAUUUACGACUGGAUGGUGAAGAGCGUGCCUUAUUUCAAAGACAAGGGAGACAGCAACAGCUCGGCUGGAUGGAAGAACUCCAUCCGGCACAACCUGUCGCUGCACAGCCGCUUCAUCCGCGUCCAGAACGAGGGUACGGGCAAAAGCUCGUGGUGGAUGCUGAAUCCUGAAGGCGGCAAGAGCGGCAAGUCGCCCCGACGCCGGGCCGCCUCAAUGGACAACAACAGCAAGUUUGCCAAAAGCAGAGGACGGGCCGCCAAGAAAAAGCUGUCGCUCCAGGGCGGCCCCGACGGCGGCAGCAACGGCGCCGACAGCCCGAGCUCGUACAACAAGUGGCCUGGCAGCCCCAACUCCCACAGCAACGACGACUUGGACGCCUGGAAUGGCUUCCGUCCUCGUGCCAGCUCCAACGCCAGCACGCUCAGCGGGCGCCUCUCGCCCUUCGUGCCUGAGGAUGACUUGGGCGAAGCCGAGGCGCACAUGGGGUACCCCCCGGGCCCCAAGAUGACCGCCACCCUUCCCAGCCUCUCCGAGAUGACCGGCUCUUUGGGCCGCAGCUCGGAGAACGUGGUGGACAACCUCUUGGACAAUUUCAACUUGCUGUCGCCUAGCAGCUCCCAAGUGGGCGGAGGGUCGGCGACCCCCAGUUCCUCCCAACCCUCCCCGAUGAUGCCGCCCGGCCCUGGGUACCCGUCUUACAGCUCCCCCGGCAUGGCGUCGCAGUCUCAGCAGGACUACCGCAAAUGCGUGUACGGGCAAGCGGGGAUCAACGCCAUGUCGCCUGUUCCCAUGCGAACCCUCCCGGAGAGCGAGCCCCCCUUCGGGAGCGCCGCCAACCUGUACGGUUCGGUCCAGCUGCCCGGGCUCCUCAAGGAGCUGCUCACAUCUGACACAGAUCGGCACGUAGACCUCCUGCCAUCAGCGGACUCAGUCGUAUCUCCGUCCGGCGGGGGUUGCGCUCUCCCGCCGUACGGUGCUCUCCAACACGUGUCUAAACUCCCGUCCCAUGCCCUCCCCCACGGCCGCCUGCUCAUGUCCCUCAAUCAAGGCGGAGGAAUGCAUUCCGUCAAGAACCCCGGGCAGAUGCCCUACGCGCUCUCCGGGCACCUGGGCGGCGGAGGCCCGCUCGGCAACUUCUGCCCCCUCAACACCAACGGAUACGGACGACCGGGCCCGGUGCCGCCCUCCCACCCGGAGAAGCUGCCCAGCGAUCUAGACGACAUGUCCAUCGAGAGGUUCGAGUUCGACAUGGAUACCGUCCUUCAUGAAACUCUGAUGGACGGGGACGCGCUGGACUUCAACUUUGAGCCCGUUCAAGGGUUCCCCCAUGGGGUGAAGACCACUACGCACAACUGGGUGUCCGGCUAGGAAGUUUUUUUAAAAGUACAAUCAAACAAGACGGAUUUUUGCCGUUUCUGUACCAUCUACAUUCCGGAUAAUCAAUUGCCAAGUUUGGAUCCGCUGGAAUGAUUCGUCUUUACAGAUUAAGUGCCAAAUUUGCCUUAAUUAGGGAGCCGAUUCUCAUACUCGGUUGGAGUCGGAUGAAUCAUCGACUAGGUAACUGGACUUUCCGCGUGUCUGAUAAGCUUCUUCAGUCGUAAAGACCACCUCUGUGAAGUUGGCGCCCCAUCAGAUGCAAAUUUGUAUAAAAAUGAUGUAAAUCAUUUGUGCCACAUUUGUGCUGUCAAGUUUCAUUUGUGCUGCUAGCGUUUUUGAGAUAUUCACAAUUCUUUUAUAGGUCAACCAUUUUGAUCUCAACCGGCGAAAAAUGGUGUCAGUCGUUUGUGCUUCGUGCGUGCUGUCAAAAUUUUUGUUUGUGCCGCAACCGUUUUUUAGAUACAGUGUACUUUUAAUUUGUAGUGAUGACGUUGCGCAACCCCCAUCUACAGCGGAAUAGAAAUUUUUAACAGAACGGCACAAACGUAGCACAAACGAACAGCACCGUUGUGGUUCCAUUUCUGUCGCUGUGUGCCCUGCGACUGGCUAGCAACCACUUCAGGAUGUACCCUGCCCCCUGCCUGUUUUAGCUGGGAUAGGCUCCAACAGAGUGUAGGAGGUAGCGGGAGAGCGACAGGCAGAUCGGUGCAGCGUUUGCAGUGAUGCGGACUCUGUACCGGUCCGUUGUGGUGAAAGAGCUGAGCAAAUGGCGAAGCUCUCAAUUUGCCAGUGGAUCUACGUUCUUACCGUCACCUAUGGUCAUGAGAUGUAGGUCGUGACCGAAAGAACAAGUGGCCAAUUAGUCGAUUAAUCGAUGAACUAGUUAGUCAGAAUAAUCGAGUAACAGGAUAGGGAACAUAGAAAAUAAAAAUACCUGAGCUGAGCCUCAAAUGUUUUGAAAAAAAAAGAAUAAAUGAGGAUCUUACUAUAACAAAAGAACAAAUGGCUAACUUCUUUAAGAGGCAGGGACAAAAAAAAAAUUGCAGCACAAACGAUUGACUCCAUUUGUAGCCAAUUUAGAGCAAAAUAACUGACGAGAAAAGAAUUGUAAAUAUCUCCAAAACGAUAACAGCACAAACGUAGCACAAACAAUUGACGUCAUUUCCAUGUAAAUUUGCAUCUGUUGAGGGACCAACUUCACGGAAGUGUAAAGAUCUGGAAGAUUGUCCGCUUGACUGUCAACCGUGGUCUGUGCUAGUUUGUUUUUCUCGAAAUGUUUGCUAAAUUCAAGUCAUGAGGAGCACCUGGAAAACAUCAGUCCUUAGGUCUGAAAGCGAUACAAGGCUCAUGCGAUCUGAAUGAUCUCACAUUACAGGGAUAUGAUAAUCCAUCUACGAUAUUCUAUGAAAAACACAAGCUAUUUCUAAAUGGAAAAAUGAGACAAUGUUUAUUUUUUUUGCACUGUGGCGGACAAUCUGUCAAAAACUGUUGUUUUCCUCACAGAUGAGAAUAUUUCACUUAGUGUUGCGCCGAUACCGGGACCGAUACGACACUAAAAUCGGUAUCGGCGAGUACUAAGAAAUAACGUGCUGACAUUGUGCUAUAUGCACUUUUCAAGAUAUAGUUGGCACUUGUCACCCUACUUAAGUUGAUGAUAGAGUUUAUCACUAGUAGAUGUCCAUUUACUGCCACCCUAGGAGCACAUUGAUAAAUUAAUCUUUUAAAAAUCAGUUUAAGCUAGUUAUGACUUCAUUUGAAUGUCAGUGCAUCUGCCUGUACCAACAUGGCCACCCUGAGGCCAUUUUUCAUGCUUCUGCCAUCAAUUCCAAGCAAAACGGCUUUAGGUCGGCCAUGUUGGUAGGGGCGAUGAAAGGUCUUUUCAUGCUUCUGCCGUCAAUUGUAGACGUCCAAAUCAUUUGAAGCGGGAGGGCCAGACCUCCUACUUCAAAUGGAUUGGACAUCUAGCGAUGUCAAUGGCAGCCAAUGAGCUGUUGGAUAAUGUAUGACCAAGCCAUCAUAGCAGUUACUUUACAUUCAAGUGGGUAUGCAGUCAUUUAGUGCUUACAUUUUUAAAAAGUAUUGGGCGGAAAACACAGACAAGGCUGAAAAAGCAGUUUCCGCUCUUGCACCCCUCUUUAAAAAAACUGCUGUAUUUUAAGCCAAAACAACUGUUGUGUAUGAUAGAACAGUAUGUCUAUAUGCUGCCAUAGCAGAAUCAUGGCGCAUUAAGCCCCAAACUAUUUUUAAUUUGCCCGUUUUACCCUGAAACCCCUGUUUACAGACGUCGCGCAACCGCUUUUGUUUCAACCCAGCCGUAAAACGAAGGUAAUUAAUUAUAUUUAUUAUUCAAAAUGUCUAUCAUUUUUAGCUUAGAAUCAUUAAUUGAUGUCUAAUAUUUGGUUUAAAAAUAAAAAACGACUUUUAAAAAAAUGGCGUCACAAUUAAAAAAAUGGUGUCUGUAAAAACGUCACGGAUAUUUACCUCAUAAGUAUCGCUUAAUUGUUUUUGUUUUUUUGUUUUUUUUUAUACUGUCACAUUUAUUUGAUAUGUUAGAUAAUAAAUAAUCGAUCCAAACAAAGAAAAAUGGGGGAAAAAAAAACGUUUUAAAAGGCAAAUAUAUGAAAAAGAAAAUCUCGACCACUCCUUGAUGUCUGCGAUUUCUGCAUCGCGACCCUUGUUAUAUUACCAUGUUUCACCCAUAAAAUCCCCCAAAAAUCCAGCUGUGGCCAUUCGCAGCUGUAUCUUGACACUCAGUGAUACAUGCUACAUGGAGUUUUUGGAUCGAAACAAGAUAAGUAGGCGAUAAUAUGUCAUUAAAGUCAUGGCGUCUGUAAUUCUGCUCUCGCGUGCUGUCACCUCCAGAUAGGGUUUUGCUGUUUAAAUUUUUUAAAUGCUCUCCUGUUCAAAAUUUUUCUUCCCCCAGAAAAUUGAGAUUUUAAGCUUUCCAAUGAUGUAUCACACGUACAUAUCGGACAAUUAUGAAAGUUGGCUAAAUUGGGAUUCUCAUAGCGGAACUAAGUCACGUGAGUGUUUUCCGCCAUAUAUUAAAAAAAACAACAAAAAAAACAAACAUGGUAUUGGUACAGUAUUGGUAUCGGCAUAUACCCCACAGCCUGGUGUAUCGGGAGCCAAAAAAUGGUAUUGGUGCGACGCUAAUUAAAACAAAAGAAAAAAAAAUAUAUUCGUCCAUUUUUUAAUAGGGUGCCAUUUGGACACAACAGACUGGACACUGACAGAGGGGACAUUUUGUGCUAAAGUGAGCCCUCAGCCUAGCUUUGCUAGCAUAAUAGCUAACAUGACUUUGGAUUCUUUGAUAAUCUGUUCUUCUGCUAAUCUGAAAAUGACCUGUAAAUGCCCUUAAAUGAACUGCAAGUGACCUGUAAAUGCCCCGAAAAUCGGACAAUGACUGUGAUUGCUCUAGUUUCGAAUGAACGAACAUUCCCAGUUUAAACGGAUUGGGCGUGGUGCACCGUCAAUGCAGCCUUAGAGUUAACUGAGACACCAUUAUGGUGGAAGAUUUUAGUUGAAAAUUGUUGGUUCCUUUUUAUCAUUUUUCUUAGACAUUGACACCUUUUUAAAACGAUAACUCGAUUCUUGGCAGGAGCAUAUCGAUAACCUUUUGGGAUACAAAGUAUUACGAUGUAUCACCAUUUCGAUAUUUUGUCACACCCCUAAAGCGAAUGCUACGCUAACGCAGCAAGUUACAUUUAGGCUAGGUUCAUACUACAGGUCUUAAUGCACAAAUCCAAUAGUUUGCCAUAACUGUUUUUUUUUUUUUUUUUCAAUUUUUCUUUGCUCGGAUCGAUUUUGUAUCAUCUAACAUAUCGGAGAAAAUGCGAUAGUAACAAAAAAAAAUACAAUUAAGCGAUAGUUAUAAGGUAGACAUCUAUGACUUUUUUACAGACGCCAUUUUUUCAUUGUGACAUAAUUUGUUUAAAAUACGUGAGUGAAUAAUUUUUUUAAGUCGUUUUUUUUUUUUUUUUGAUAUUAGACAUCAAUGAAUGAUUCUUUUUUUUUAUUUUUAUAUUAGACAUCAAUGAAUGAUUCUAAGCUAAAAAUGACUGAUAUUUUGAAUAAUAAAUAUAUUUAACUACCUUCAUUUUAUGGCUGAAUUGAAACAAAAGCGGUUUCGCGACGUCUGUAAACGGGUGUUUUCAGGGUAAAACAGACAAAUUAAAAAUAGUUCGGGGGCUUCAUGUGCCAUGAAUCUGCUAUGGCAGAAUAUAGACAUAUUGUUCUAUCAAACAAAACAGUUCUUUUGGCUUAACAUCCAGCAGUUUAUUUUAAACAGGGGUGCAAGAGCAGAAACUGCUUUUUCAGUCUUGUCUGUAUUUUCCGCUAUGUGAAUAGAAACGAAUUACCCAAUUAACCCUUGUUUUGUGUUUGGGUCAAAACUGACGCAUUUUCACGUUUCGGUAUGCGAAAAUCAAGGGUAUUUGUUACAUGCCCAAACUUUAAAAUGGGGCCGAAAACAAGAUACUGCAAAAGUUGAGUAUUUUCAGGCGGAGUUAAAAUAGAUCAAAUUUGAUCCACUAGCAAAAAUAUGGGCAUAUUUCAAAUACAAUACAAGGGAUAAUUUUUUUUUUUUUUUUUUCUUAGAAAAACCUUAUUGGUAUAGUACCAGUAGUACCAAUAAACUGGUAUGGUAACGUGGCUUGGUGUCAGAAGCCAAAAAAAUGGUAUCGGUGCAACACUACUUUCUAUUUUUGGAGUUGUUUAUUGCCCCUUAUAAGACGCUUCUGCUUGUACAUAGCUUAAAAUUGUGUAUUACCAUGACAUAGUAUAUGUUUACUAGAUUGUAGUAUUGAUAUACAUAUAUUUCAGACAUAAAUUAUUGUGUUUAAUACAGAUUUUCUUCUGGUGGACCACCAGCACCGAACCUUAAUACCACGAGGGGCCUAUUUAAGUCGUUCAUUCCUACGGGCUUGAAGUUGUUUUUUUUCGUGUGUGUUUUUUUAGCUAUAUAAAUAUAGAUAUAUAUAUAUAUCGUAGAAAUCGCACAGAUCUUCUCUUAAAGGAGCGUGGCGGUUCCUUCAAGAUAUUUACGAGCAGUGCUUUUUGUGCAGCUGUGAAAUAAGUGCCAGGUCAAGGCCGUGUGUUCUCAGUUCUCUUCUUGUUGUGUUUUGUACUCGAAAGUUUUUUUCUUCAACCUUACUGUCGUAUUGCGGGUCAGAUAUACCAGUCGUUUUUUUUUUUUUUUGUUUUUUUUUUUUAAUUUGGUCCUGGACUUAUGAAUCAAACAGCGUUGCUUCUGUAUAAUAGACAUUAAGUGCCGUCAAUGGCAGACAAUGAGUUAAAAAUGAAAUUUGUUCUUCCUCUUGCCAAGAUGGCCCUUCCUGACAAUGAGUUUAUCACUAGUAGACAUCUAAUCCAUUUCCAUUUCAUAUGGGUUAGAUGUCAGAUGCUUUGUCAUUGAUAAAAUGAGGUAAAUAAGCUAGUUAUGACUUCAUUUGACUGUGAAUGGAUUGACUUUGACGUUGCCCCUACCAACAUGGUCGCCCUUAGGCCAUGCUAGAAGCAGCGACCCAAGCACUUUUCGUGCUGCUGACUUCCAUAUAUUUUAGAUUCAUUACACACAACUGAAGUAGUUCAAGCCUUUUAUUGUUUUAAUGUUGAUGAUUUUGGCAAAAAAGGAAAAAAAAAAAUUUUUUUUUUAAUCCUUAUCUCAAAAAAUUACUGAGGUGCCUUGAUACAGCACUCUGGGAACAGCCUAUUCGCUCAGAAAUUUCUUUCUGUGUCUUAGCCUCUUGCUUAAAGGUGUCAAUGAUGGCAUUCUGGACAGCAGUCAGGUCGGCAGUCUUGCCCAUUAUUGCGGUUUUGAGUAAUGAACCAGGCUGGGAGUUUUUAAAAGCCUCAGGAAUCUUCCGCAGGGGUUUUGAAUUAAUUUGUUGAUUCAGAUGAUUAGGUUAGUAGCUUCUUUAGAGUACCUUUUCAUGAUAUGCAAAUUUUUUGAGAAAGGGAUUUUUGUUUUUUCUUCACUUUUUUUUUUUUUGCCAAAAUCAUCAAUAUUAAAACAAUAAAAGGCUUGAACUACUUCUAGUAAUGAAUCUAAAAUAUAUGAAAGUCUAAUGUUUAUAUGUACAUUACAUAAAAUAAUGAACUUUAUCACAAUAUGCUAAUUUUUUUAGAAGAACUAAUAUAUGUUUAAAAGUUGAGAAAUAAGCUAGUUAUGACUUCAUUUGAAUGUCAGUGCAUUGACUUUGAUGGGAACGUCACCCUUACCGACAUGCCCUUAGGGCGGCCAUGUUGGUAGGGGCGACAAAAGGCGUUUUCGUGCUUCUGCCAUCAAUUCCAAUGAGUUCAUCACACGAAGACGUCAAAUCCAUUGGAAGCGGGGAAUGUGGCAGUUAGUUCAUUUGCUGCCAGACCUUCCGCUUCAAACCGAUUGGACAUCUACUAGUGUUAAUUCAAUUCACUCAAGAAGGAUGACCUAACGCCACAUUACUGAACGUCAUGUGCUGUCAAUGCUAAAAUACGUUCCGCUACGACUAAGAGGGAUAAUUGAUGUAUAAUUUUUCACCAAAUAAUUAUAAAUCGUGAAAUAUCGUAAUAUCUUCCGCAUGGAAACUGACCCGCAAUUUAACAGAAGGUUUCAAGUUGAACUCGUAAAUAUUUCAAAACAUGUUUUUUUCCCCCAAUUUUUUUGAAUCGAAGGUUGUCCGUUGCCUAUUAAACACGCUACAAAUUUGCCUUGAAAUGACUACAUGUACAUAAUUUGUAUAUAUAUAUUUGUGCCGGUCACUCAAGUCAGAAUGAACUGGAAAUGAAUGCACAGGGUUCACACUCAAAGUUAAAAAAAUAUAUAUUCUAAAUGUUAAUUUUUUGUGGAUAUUUUAAAAUGAUUUCAAUCUAUGCAUCGUAUUUCUUCGUUUCAUGUUGCUAUUGUCCUUUUUUUGUCAUUAGAGUUGUUAGGGAUGUACGAUAAAUAGCGCUGUCUUGUCCUUGUUUAUAUUGUCAAUCAUGGGUGUCAAACUGAGGGGGUGGGGGUGCAAAUCUGGCAUCAUUUUGGAGUCCACGAAAUUAUGGUAGGGCCGAUACAAGGUCUUUUCAUGCUUCUGCCGUCAAUUUAGAUUAGUUUAUCACUAUCACGUCCAAUCCAUUUGAAGCGGGAGGGCUAAGUUUGUUCUCGUUUGUGCUGUAAAAAGUUUCUUUUUGUAAAAAGUUUCUUUUGUGCUGCUAUCGUUUUGGAGAUAUUGAGAUAUUAAUUUCGAGUGAUGACUUCAAUCACAGCACCUCCGUCACAGCUGACGAAGCUCAAUAACUGAGGGUGUCUCAACAACUAGCACAAACCAGGGCCGGUUAAAGGCAGGCAUGUAUGAGGGGGCAGUCAGAAAUUUGUAGGGGGCAUCAUAUGUACACAUCAUGCCCCAGCACCCCCUUAUAUUUCCAAAGCAGGCCACACACCUCUAGUGGCUUGGCGGUGAAUUACAGAGCAACGGGUUCCCUUGACUUCGAAUGCUCAUUGACGACGUAGGGCAGGGGUGUCCAAACUUUUUUGCAAAGCGGGCCAGAUUUGGUGUGGUUUACCUGUGUUUUUUUUUUUUAAAAGGGAAAACAAUAUUUUAUAUUUCAUCAUUUUCUAUAUUUAUUAUCUGUAUUAUAUAUUUAUUGAUUAUAUAUGAAAUUUUGAUUUAUUAUAUAUUAUAUCUUUAUAGUUUUCUAUAUUUUGGAACAAAUAUUUAAUAUAAUGUUAAUUUUAGGCUUACAGGGUUUAAUUAUUGUCAUUAUUAUUAUUUUAUAUUCACGUAUUUGAUUAAAAAAGAAAAAAUAUAUUCUUUAUUUUUUUGGGGUGGGGGUUAUUCCAGGAAAAAAAACAACUUUUAAAAUGUUUUUUUAUUUUUCUUAAUUUGAUAUAAUGUCAGUACACAAUUACAGGUAUUUUUAUUUAAGGUUUUAUUUAAAUAUAUAUAUAUAUAUUUUUUUUUUUAAGUAUUCAAGAAAAAAAGGUUUAGUUAUGAGUGUUAUUUUUUUCUUCCUGAUCCUAUUUUUUUUAACGUAUUUUUAAGUAUUGCUGCCACAGCAAAAAAAAAAAUUUAAAGUCCAGUAUUUAUCAUGUUUUUGCAUGCUUACCAAAUUUUUACAAGAUAGUUUUUUUUUUUUACAUGAUGAUUAUCUCGUUUUUACGUGACAAUAUUCAUGUUUUUACAUGAUAUUUAUCACGUUUCUACAUAAUCAUGUUCAUGACCACCAAUGGAUAUUUUUUGAGGGAGUGGGGAGGAGGUGAAUGAACUUUCAAUAAAAUGAUGUGGUGGGCUGGACCUUGAGUAAAAAUGUGGGGGGCCGACCAUGGCUGACGUCCUUCACGUAGAACAAUAUAUUAAAGCAAAUUUUAGCAAGCCAUUCUGUGUGUCACAUUUGCGUUAUUAUUACAUUUUUUAAAUGAAUAAUUUCAAGUAAAACAGUCUCGAUUCCUGGUUAAAAGCAAAAAAAAAAAACAAAAAAAACCGUACAGUUAGCAUUUGUUUUACGUAAAUAUUGCGAAUUAUGAUGCUAGUUAGUAAGCAAACGUAGCAGCCGCCUUAUUAAAACAAAAGAGCUUUUUCCGUUGAAUAUUCUUGUGAAUAAAUGCUUAGAUCCCUGAAUUCUUUAUAUAUAUAUAUGGACGUAAAACAGUCUCGUUUCUUUGUUAAAAGAGAAAAAACUGGGCAGUUAAUAUUUCUUUUACGUAAAUAUGUCGAAGAAUGAUGGUAGUCUUUUAGACAAUGUGGCGGAAGCCUUACAACAAAGAGCUUUUUACGUUGAAAAUUCUUGUGAAUAAAUGCUUAAAUUCCUGAAUUCUUUAAUAGAUAUGAACGUAAACAGUCUCGAUUCUUGGUUAAAAGCAAAAAAAAAAAACGUGCAGUCAGCAUUUAUUUUACGUAAAUAUUGCGAACUAUGACUCCAAUGCCGUAGCAGCUUAUUUCUCCCAUUGAUUUUUUUUUCACAAAAAAAAAAAUGCAUGCAUGGUAUGAAAUAUAUAAUAAUGACCUUGAAUCCUUAAAUAAGUCAUUCCUGAGACAAUGCUUCCUGUUUGUGUGCACUACAGCUUUUGUACUUUUUCAACCUAAAUCCGGAUCGCUGCAUGUGUUUUGAGAAUAACUUGGACUGACUUCGACCGACUGAAGCGGAGUGUAGUACGGCCCCCUACUUGAAGGCGUGGCGCAGUGCCUGGAGAAUCUGUCCCAUCAAAAUCAUUAUGAAGUCUAUGGAUUGAACUAUAAAAAAAAAAUGUUAUCAUCCAAAACGAUAGCAGCACAAACAAAUUUUUUUUUAGCACAAACGAAUGACAUCAUUUUUCUCUAAAUUUGCAUCUGACGGGGGCGGGGGGCACUUCACGGAUGUCCUUGACUAGGGUUAACAUUUUCUUUUUCUUGUCUUCUUAAAAAAGAAGAAGAAAUCACAAUUUUGGGUGAUAAAAAAUCAGGAGAAAAGUUUGUUGUCAACUCAUUGGCUGCUCAUUGAUGGCGUUACAAGUCCAAUCCAUUCUGGACGUUCCUCCUGUCCAAAAUGGAUUGGACGUCAAUGGCGCUGUAGAAGAUCAGAAUUAGACUUGGACAUUCAUUGUUGUCAAUGAGUGAUUGGUAAUUCCUAGUUCAUUUUAGGGUGGCACUUGCUGUUGAUUUGAGUGCAUUUCCAGGUCACUUCCUGUUUAUCCUGUUGAUUUUGGGGCAUAUCCGGGUCACCUCCUGUUGAGUUUGACACCCCUGUUGAGAAUAUUUCUAUGGUGGAGGAAAAUGAAGGUCAUGGCGAGAAUACAGUAGAUUUUUACGCUACGCUUUUUGUAAACGGACAAUGUUGUUAUUUCUUGUACUUAGCUGGUGUUUUCACAACAUGCAAAGCUAAUUUUGACAUUUCACAUCGUACGCAUUGAAAAGAAACUGUUUUCAACGCCUUUUAUAAGAAAACAGCAUGAGUCAAGUCUGUUACAUAGUGCUGUCAUUUGCAAUCCGUACAAAUUGUUUCAUUUUCAAUCAUGAAUAAAUGUACUUAUGUGUUGA